AUGGCGACGAAUGGCCCGAAAGAGUCAAUUGAUGGCGGCACCGCCUGGUACAAAUGUGAUCCUCCCAUGAACUUGGGCGAGGCACCCAUUUAUCGAGCAUCUGAUUCCACUUUGCAUUGGGUAGACUGUUUAUGCGAGCCUGCAGAAUUGCAUAUACUCAAAGUCGACCCGGACACAGGAGAUGCUCAGGCCCGCGCUCGGGUUCUGGCCCUGGAGGACAGUGUGACAGUUGCAUUUUUCCGAAGAAACCAUCCCGGCUCAUAUAUCUGUGCUUAUUACCAGGGAGUGGCAUUCUUGGACGAAGCAACGGGGAAACUAGACGUUGUGAAGGAGAUCAUUCCCACAUCCAAACGAGAUUUGCUUCGAUUCAACGACGGUGGUGUUGAUGCGAAAGGGAGGUUUUGGCUGGCCGAGAUCGACAAGAAAGCGAUGGCUUAUGGGCCCAACAAGUUACCUUCGAGUUAUGGAGAGCCAAAGGGGCGGUUGUGGAGGUAUGACCCGGAUGGGAGUUUGCACGAGAUGGAAAAAGGAAUUGUGUGUGGGAAUGGAUUGGCAUGGAGUCCUGACAACAAAACCAUGUACUUUAAUGAUUCGGUCGCCAUGAUGGUCUUUGCAUACGACUUUGACCUGGAAUCGGGGAGCAUCUCCAACCGAAGACUCCUGAUCGAUCGCAGGUCUUCGUUUGGUGAGCCUGACGGAAUGGUUGUUGACACCGAAGGCAAUCUGUGGAUUGCGGUUUUUGCGUCGUAUCGCAUUAUGGUCUUCACGCCCUCUGGUGAACACUUGAAAGACAUAGUCUUCUCUGCCAAUAACAUGGCAUGCACGACCUGGGGCGGAAAUAACUUUGAUAUCAUCUUUGCAGCUACAGGAAGAGACAAGAGUGUGGAUGCGAAGAAGGAGGACGAAGGCGGGCACAUGUUUCGUUUCAAACCCGUAGGAUUUCGAGGAGCACCCAAGUUUGAAUUUGAUGGUUGA